CUCCCCCACAUAUUAUUUUGGUACCUAUUGCACCCCAUUCCACAGACCAAUCGUCUCCCUCUUCUCCAACUUCUAUGCCCUUCCUCAUUACCCAGUACCUCCCUGAUCUCGCCACGUCUUCAUCAGCCUGUUUCUCAUUGCAUAUCUCAAAACAAAUCUUCAUCAGAAACAUACUAUGUACUGUUAUGUUUCUAUUCAUGCAUGUAAAAUGUUUGAUGUAAUGUAUCUUAGAAGUAUGACUAUUCAUGUGUCAUUUACAACUUAGGCUAUCGAGAUAAUUGAUUCAUGACAUGGUAUCAGAGCGUCUAUGAUUAAAUGAUAUAGAGUUCAAUCAUUGCUGCUCCCAAUUUAUUCUAGUAAUAAAAAGCUGAGUUUCAGGAUGUGAUUAGUAGGUCUGUGCAUUGUUCAAGCUUCAAGCCCAAAUAAACUAUUGCGUGAAAAUGUGUGUUGGAAAUAUUAUCAUUCAUGUGUUAUUUACCCAAUAGCUUAAUUAUACCUUCAACAUUUUCUCAUUAUUUUAUUAGUGUCAUUUUCCAUUAUGCAAUAAAAGGGGUGCCAUGAACUCUUCUUCCUUUAGAGUCAAACAGGCCUUUCACUGCCACUACCAAUGUUGAGUUCUUUUGUUAUUGUUAGUUUUGGAUUUCUUGUGUUCUUGCCAUUUACUUGUUCCCUCCAAGUGCAAGCAAAACUAAUUGAACCCCCUUUGCAUCCAAAUUCUUGCAAUGAAACAUGUGGGAAGUUUCAUGUUCCUUUUCCAUUCUAUGUCAAUACUUCUUGUGUGUCAGUUUCCCCUGCUUUCCACCUCUCUUGCUCAAAUUCAGCUUCCCUUCUGCUUAAAAUCGGCUCAGAAAACUAUCCGGUUUUGGAGUUCUUCUCAGAUGGGUUGUUAGUAGGCUUUCCAGGCACAUCGCCUUGCCGCCAGUACAAUGACUUGAAUUCAUUUGGUGAAGGUUUUGGAGGAAAGGACUACUUUGGAGUCUCAGUUGAUAAUGUCAUUGGUCUCUAUGACUGUGAGGAUUCUUCGCUAUGCAAAGCGAAUUGUGAAACGAUUAACCUUCCUGGUUGUGAUGGAAGUGGCAGUGGUUCCCUUGGCUGCUGUUAUCCACUCUCUGACCACAGCGUAUGGCAUCUUGGUGAAGGCUUUUCAGUGUUUUCUCAGUUUGGAUGCAGGGGAUUUUCUAGUUGGGCUGUUUUGAGAGGGGCAUAUGCAGGAAAACGUGGGGUCAAAUUGGAAUGGGGUGUUCCUAGAAACUCCUCCAAGGAUGUUUGUGCAAGGAAUGCAGAGAUUGUUAAUGCUACAGCAAUUGCAGGAGGUGUAAGGUGUGUUUGUCAAGAUGGAUUUGUUGGUGACGGGUUUGCUAAUGGAACAGGAUGCUUGCCGGCCUGUAUCAAGGAUGGACAUGAAGCAUAUGGAAGUGAUUGCCACAUAAAAAGACAUGAUCAAAGAAAAAUGGUUAUCAUUGCUGGAAUCCUCGGUCCAGUUAUUAUUGUUGCCUCCUUGAUUGUACUAUUUUAUCUUCUUAAAAGAAAAGAAAAGCCAGGAAUGUUUGAUGCUGAGCAGGCUUAUUAUCAUAACAUUUCAUUUCGCAAAGGUUGUAGAACUCGACUAUUCAGCCACCGAGAGCUAGAGGAAGCCACCAAUGGUUUUGAAGAGGGGAAGAAGCUCAUGCACGGAAAUAACGGGACAAUGUUUGCUGGAGUUCUCGGAGAUGGAUCUCACGUAGCUGUCCACAGGUUAAAAUGUGGGAAUGAGAAGGACAUCGUGCAAGUCCUGUCACAAAUUGAGGUUCUAUCUGCUAUUGUACACAGGAAUGUGGCGUGCCUUCUUGGAUGCUGUGUUGACCCUGGUUACAAUCCCCUAGUGGUUUAUGAAUACCCUGCAAAUGGUACCUUGGAGGAGCAUUUAAGCAAGAGUAAAGGGCAAAAACUUGGUUUAGAUUGGUAUAGGAGAUUGACUAUUGCUGCAGAAACAGCCAGCGCUGUUGCAUUAUUACAUUAUGAGAAGUCUCCUCCUAUAUUUCACCAUAACCUCAAGUCUAGCUGCAUCUUCCUAGAUGAUGAUUUUUCUGUCAAGAUUGCAGGAUUUGGGCUACUUAGCUCUGAUGUUAGCUAUGAAUCUCAGUUUGUAAAGAACCGCGAGUGCUUUCGCUUCUGCAAAAAUGAUGUCUAUGACAUGGGUGUGGUGAUUCUUGAGAUCAUCUCAGGCUCAAAUCACUUGGACUCUCCUACUUCAGCCUUGCAGAAAAUAAGAGAUGGGAAGCUAGAAGAAAUUGUUGAUCCACUUCUUUACUAUCAUGAGCAACCGCAUAAUCGGCAAGAGCAGAUACAGGUAAUUGCAGACCUUGCAACAAGAUGCCUGCUAUUUGGUGCAGAUGGAAAGCUGGGAAUGAUCGAUGUUGCUAGGGAGUUGGUACACUUAACUAAAGAGAUUCCUGAUGGAGGGAGCAUGAGAGGGCCUUCACUGGAGGAGACAUUCUCAAAUUCAAGCCUUCUUCAAAUGAUAUCAAUGUCUCCUGAUUCUAUGAAUAUUCCUUGAAGAAUUUUCCUCCUUCAUGUGUAUGUGUGCAUUAGAAAUCCCCUACGUACCACUGUACAUCUUGAAUGAAUUAAAUAUUCUGGUUCUAACAUGCUUUACUAAGCUGUAUUAUGCGCUUAAUGCCACUUAAAAAUUGAAUCAGCAGCUAUUUACUAUUUAUGCA